AUUAAACUUGUAAAAAGUGUAUGUUGAUCCAGCUGAGUGAAGACAUGCACGCUUUUACGCAUAAGAUUCCCAAUUUCAAACAUCACUGCUAAAUUCAACAUCCAAACCACAACGACAAACUGUGUUUUCUCCUUUAUCCAUUUUAACCAACAAACAGUUACUCAAGAUUCUGCACCUGCAUUUUCAUCCCUUUCCUUUUCCUCAUUUCCCCCUCUACUUCUCACUGUGCCGCGAUUCAAUUCCCAUCUCUCAAUACAUUUUCUAUAAAUCUACACAUACCAUCAGCUCUAACUUGGCAAAUAAAUGGCAUCAAGAAGGCCAAUAAAUCCUUCUAGGCGCAUAUCAGAAACUGGUGCAGUUUUGUCUUCGUCUUCGUUGCAGUCAAGAUCCCGCUCCCCCUCUUAUUUGUCUAUUGCGCUCAUUGUGGGGGCACUCUUUGUGAUUGGUUAUCUCUAUCGCGGCCAAGGUGCUUUUGGAAAUCCUAAAGCUCUGAAUCGUGUGGAAGGUGAUGUUUCAUGCACUGUAGAAGUUGAACGUGCCAUUCCAAUUCUAAAAAAAGCAUAUGGUGACAGUAUGCUCAAGGUGUUGCAUGUUGGUCCGGAGACUUGUUCGGUUGUUUCAAGACUGAUAAAGGAGGACGGUACUGAAGCUUUUGGUGUGGAACCAUAUGAUGUCGAAGAUGCUGAUGAGGCAUGCAAGAGACUGGUGCACAAAGGUCUUGUUCGUGUGGCUGAUAUCAAAUUUCCUCUUCCCUACAGGGCGAAAUCAUUUCCCCUUGUGAUUGUGUCGGAUGCUUUGGAUUACUUGUCUCCGAGAUAUCUCAACAGGAGCCUGCCUGCACUAACAAGGUUAUCAUCUGAGGGUCUGGUCAUUUUCACAGGGUAUCCGCGCAACCAAAGAGCUAAAUCUGUUGAUAAAGCCAAAUAUGGACGUGCCGCUAAGUUGAGGAGUUCAACGUGGUGGAUAAGAUUUUUUCUUCAGAUGAGCUUAGAGGAGAACGAGGCCGUCUCGAAGAAGUUUGAGCAAGCUGCAGCAAAGAGAUCGUUCACCUCAAACUGUCAAAUAUUUCAUCUCAAGUCUUACCAAUGAUGUCCUUUUAGCCGUAGAAUGUCUGCAUAUAUCAAGUAAAUGUUGAAUUUGUUCAGAUCCUCAUGAAAACUGGCAAGAGAAAGGAAUCCUCAAUUUUUAUUUUUUUUUAUCUUUAUCUUUUUCAUCCCAAAAUAGGGUCAUAUUCUUUUAUUGCAAAUAUAUGGGAAAGUAGAACAUUGAACAUUAGAGGUGCUCUACUUUUGUAUAUAUAACUUUGAUAGCUAAACCGAUAAAAUUACUGUCCCUAUUCCAUUCUGCACCA